AUGGUAAAUUUCAUGUACUUGACGUCUGCGCAUUUGAUACUGUAUAAGGACGAGAAGAGCGCGGAGGCGAGUAGGAAUAAUUCCUUAGUGGUUCAUUCCAGUGCGAGGUUUACCAGUAACAACGGCUCUGUUCACUUCUUAUUUCAGAAACACGGUAACCACUACGCGGCUCCACGUGGGGUAUGUGAUUUGAAAGGUGCGAGCGUCAGUUGGCUUGUUAUGGAUAAGGAGAAGAGAAAAAGGAAAAUCAUACAGCUUGAACUUUGCAACGGCUGUCGGUAUUUGUUCCGUUCGGCAAAUGACAUGGAAACGCAGGAAUGGUUUGAUGCGUUGCGGGAUGUGAUUGCUCGGCUGAAUCUUCAUUUGCCCUACAUGGAUCACUCCACUCCACCACCGAUUCCGGCUCGAAGAACGUUGGGACAGUUUCAGCGGAGCUAUUCAGCUCCUCUCGAAAGGCGCUCUCAGGCAUGUUCAUCUUCCUCCCUAGACUGUGAUCGCAUUUAUUGA